AUGUACUGUGCACACUUUGCGCGCUUUAUUGCAGCACUUUUGGUGCUCAAUUUUUCCUGUGGCAAAAUGCCUCGAAACAGGAAGUACCGUGAUUCGCCGCAUGAGGUGGCUGCUAAGGGGCCAGCUUUGGACAUCAAGGGUGUCCAUCUUGAAUGGGAUGGGGACGAAAAACUCAGGGAAAGAAUGCGAGAAGGGAAACCAAUUCUUAUGGAAGGCACCAACAAAGUGGUUGACAUCCAGGUCUGUGUCAGCCACCAAGAAUAUCUUAUCCCUUUACUUGCCCGCAUGGCUCAUUUGCCCAACAAGCUUCUUCCUUCAGUGGAGGAUUUGAGAAUGGAAAUGGUCAAGUUUUUGGAAGUGAACAAGAGGAUGGUCGAUUCUGAUGUGAAAAUGGUUGUUGACUCUGCUGCUCAUAUGAAGAAACUGUGUGGUUUUGUGAAAACCAAAGCGAGACGAGAAGAACCGAGCCGUGUACCAGAGUUCCAGCAGUUGGUCUUGAUUUUGGAGCCUGGGCUACAGGCAAGGUUCCUUCGCCCCAAGUUAUGCCAUCCAAAAUCUUUCAAAGUUGUUGUAUAUUGUAUGUCUUUAUUCGGCUGCUAUUGUGCUAUGGGCCACCCUCUUUUAAUGAAGGUAGUGGUUGACCAGAUCCUGGCAAAGAUGAAACGUGAAGAUGAGGAUGAGGACAACCUAUCGUACGCUUACAUUUUCAGCUUGUUUUCAACUGCACAUGUUUUCAAACAGUUUUUGACAGAGAAUGUUUGGUAUAAUUUCAACUAA